UCCCGCUAGACUAGAAGGCGGUAUGUUCAAAACGAAUUUAAACGAUCUCAAAAAAGCGCGACAGUAGGUUGCGUCGUGGGACAAACCAUUUACAGGUUGAAAUAAAAUAUUGUUAUCAACAAAAUUGUGUUGUGUUAAGGUGCUUCUAAUCGUCCCCACGAAGACUUCCCACAGUCUACUUUAUUAUCAAAAAACAUGGGAGAACUUGGAACAAGACUUGGAUUCGACGAGUUGGCCGGUGGUGCUGCAGCAAUCAGCAAGGCUUUACUCGCCGAGUUUAUCGGUAAUCUGCUGCUGAACUUAUUCGGCUGCGGUGCUUGUAUAAACAUCACUCAAGGUGUGAGCGCACCUGCGGACAUCGUGCUCAUCGCUCUUUCGUUCGGUCUCGCCGUUUUCGCCGUUGUAUCGGCUAUCGGUCACGUAUCUGGUGGUCAUAUCAACCCAGCGGUGACAGUUGGGCUAGCGUCAGCAGGUCGAGUUAAGCCUCUCAGAGCUAUACUGUACGUGAUCGCCCAAUGCGCUGGCGCUGCGGCGGGCUCCGGUCUGCUGAAGGCUUUUACCCCGGAGCGUGCAGCAGGAAAAUUGGGUGUCACCGCAUUAGGACCUGACGUCACCGUGCUUCAAGGAUUUGGCAUUGAGUUCUUCCUUGGAUUUGUUCUCAUCUUUGUUAUUUGUGGGGUUUGCGACCCUAACAAACCGGACAGCAGGUCGACAGCACCACUCACCAUCGGACUGACGGUGACACUUGGUCAUUUGCUCGCAGUCGACUACACCGGUUCGGCCAUGAAUCCUGCUAGAUCAUUCGGCUCGGCGCUUGUCGCCAAUGAAUGGGCAGACCACUGGGUGUACUGGGCGGGACCUGUGGCUGGUGGAGUGGCAGCUGCAUUACUCUACGUUCAUGCCUUCUCCGCAUGUCCGGUAGAAACUCCGAGGUACAAGCCCGUAGCUGCCGAUGAGAAGGAGUUGAAGCGGCUGGAUGGAGGUAAAGCUGAAGACAUCGCCUGAGAGAGUCACCCGGGGGCAGCGACGACGUUCCGGGGUGCGCCCCUCGUGCGGCCCGCACCUCCCGCACGCCCCGCAGGCGUCUCAGUGCCCCGCGACACACGCCACCAGCCUCUCACAUCACAUCGCUUAUGAAAAUCAAAAUGGAACAACUUAGCUAUUAAGAACAGAGCAUGAAAAGACAGCUAGAUUAUCUACUUACUUCAGAGGCGAACUAAGGCCUAUGCAUCUUUAACUAUUAUGUACUGCUCCUUUUAAUGUUGUAACCUUAUGGUUGUACAAAUAAAGCAUUAUUAUUAUGCAACCUUGGCACGUGCCAGGGCUCGUAAUUUUUUAUUUUCAUAAUGUCAAUGUACUGAAAAAUAGUCCCGAAAUUUCAAUGUUGCCAAUGGCCCGCUUUAGACUUAGUCUCCGCCACUGAUGUACUUGUAGAUAACUAUAAAUCAUAACUUGUGGUAUUUCUUUUUUAUUUUUACUCACAAUUUUUAUUUAAACUAUGGCAGCAAGAAUUCGUUCUAUAAUCACUGCCGAUACACCAAAAACUACUAACAUUUUUAUUUAUUUCCUGUACCUACACCAUUACGUCACAGUUACGUCUAAGUAGAUGCCUAUUAUAUUUGUAAUUUGUAUCUCAAUAGUUUUCAAGAACUUUUUUUAUAAACUGUUCUUUAAAAAGAUUGUUUGUCUACUGAUUUUUUAUGUUUUCACUAUGGAGCUAUGAAAAUAUUAACGUUAAUCUGGAUCAUGUCACUAUUUACAUAUCUAAAGCACACGCGCACAGUUCACGAAACUGUAGCACAUCUUUCAUUAGAUAUAUGUAUGUAUGUAGAGACUAUGCAAAUAAGUUUGUGCGAAUGAUUCGCCAAUAGGAAAUUGUAGGUAUUCCAUAUAUUAUAAGUGAAUAAACUGAGACUCUAUGCAGCCCCAAAAUGCAAUAAAAAUAUACCUAUCACAUUUCUUAGAAGAAAAACUCUAUGGAUAUAGGUACAAUCAUACUCCCUUAUUAUUAAAAACAUUAACAUAAGUAGGUAUAACAAAUGUAUUGUAAUAAUUGAACUUUUUUAUGAAUUUUCUAGAUUCCUUUCAAUUAGGAAAAUCCGAAAUAAAGUAUUUAAUAAAAUGUCUAAGAGUUAAAAUAAUUAUUGGUUUGUAGACUUUAAAUUUUUAUGUACCCUUAUCAGGGAUCGAAUAAGUACAUGAUUUUUAACCCGUACGUGGACAUUUUCGACCACAGAACGAGGUUUUACGGAAUUUCGACCUACGAAAAUUAGUUAAAAUACUAUAAGAGGUUUAGAGAGCCUAAUUGAUUUGAGCUAAUAUAAAAAAUAGAUUUUUAUUACUUCGUACGAGGCUUUUGACAACCUUGAUACUACAGCUUACACAUAGUAGAACGUUUUGUUUCACUAAGUACCUUUUUGUCAAAUACCUAUCCAUACCUACACUGCCACAUGAGUACCUAUAUCCCCAUAUCUACAUAAUGUAACUACAAUAGUCCAAUUCAAGCUCAUCUAAAUUAUAUUUAAUCGUAAGUUUUAUAUUUACUAUUCGAGAUUUUAUUUAAUAAAGAUUAAGAUAAAUUAAGAAAUUUUGUAAGAAUUUAAAUAUACAUUUUAGAUGAUAAUUACUCAGCUUUACUUAUUGUGUACCUUUAGUGUAGUUAAUUUAUGUAUGUUUUUUGUCUUUAUAAAAUCAUACAAUGCACAAAUAAAGAAUACAAUAUUCUGUAACAAUGAUACGUGUUCAAAAUGUACGAUUAAGAUUCGAAUUAUUCUGUAUCAGAGCAGUAAAUCCUGUUAGGAAGCUUACAAAUUUCGUAAAACUAUCUUUCCUAAUAAAUAUAUAGCUUAAGAAAAUUCUCAAUAAAUACGGCAUAUAUUUUGUUUA